AUGCGUGAGCUCGUGCACAUCCAGGGAGGACAAUGUGGCAACCAGAUUGGCGCCAAGUUCUGGGAGGUCAUCGCUGAUGAGCAUGGCAUUGACCCUACAGGCACUUAUCAUGGUGACUCUGACCUCCAGCUUGAAAGGAUCAACGUCUAUUUCAACGAGGCAACUGGGGGCCGCUACGUGCCCCGUGCAGUCUUGAUGGAUCUUGAACCAGGCACCAUGGACAGUGUUCGAGCUGGACCUUUCGGUCAGUUGUUUCGUCCCGACAACUUUGUCUUCGGUCAGACCGGAGCAGGGAACAACUGGGCUAAAGGACACUAUACGGAAGGUGCCGAGUUGAUCGACAGCGUGCUGGAUGUGGUGAGAAAGGAAGCAGAGGGCUGUGACUGCCCCCUUGCCACCACAAUGAAGUAA